UAUGCGGGGAUCACAGGGUUAACAAGUGAAACACGAUCGUCUAAAGUUUCCUUUCCUUAGCCAGCUGAUGACACGCUUUUUGACUCCCUUAAUACCUCUAUUCACGACCUAGGAUGUGAGAUAUGAAGAGGAUUUUUUAAACGAUCGCUUAGUCAUAACAGCGUUUACCUGACAGGAGGACCAAGCCAGCCAGCCAGCCGACGACAAAACAAACAAGGUCUUUGAGCAACCAGUCGACAAAAACAGAUUCCAGGGUACUGCCCUUUCUAAGUCCUUCAGUCCUGGAGGGAUCAGCUGUGUAAAGCACUUGCUUUCCUGGAGGAGGUUGUCAGCACAGACUAAACAACCUCUGGCACCUUUUGCACACUUGCUGACCUGAAUAUCUGUAAUCAUUCAGUCUGUCAACGAGGCUCAGUUUUACACCCAGUGAAACUGGAGCCUUCAACGUAGAAAAACCCCUUUUGCUACCUGAAAAGGAAAUGAUCUUUUUUUUUUGAAUGAGUUUUCUCCAGUGUUAAAAAAGCCUUGUUAGGAGAUCUUUACUAACCUGAUUCUCACAUGUUUAAUUGUUACAUGGUAGAUAUAGACUUUAAAUGCUGAGGCAGACUCUUUCCAGCCGAAAGGGCUACUUAUGUUGGGAGGUUACAAGUGCCACUUGUGCGUUCAGCUUAGUGCCUCUGCUUGCUGGUCUUUCCUGCUUUCGAAGUUUCUGCUGUUGCCACCACAAAUGUGUUUGCUGCACCAGAAAUCAGAUUCCUUCCUCCUGAAGCCCAUUCACCUGAGGCUAUAAGACUCUGUUCGCUGUUUGUCCUGCUUAAUCCUCAUGUACCAGGGGAAUGUUUACAUUUCGAAGAAGAAUGUAAGCAGGCUUUCUUAAAAAGAUGUAUUUUCCUGUUUCUUUGAGAUCUUGAAAUGGACUGCAAAUUACAGGUUGACAUGGAGGCGACUCAUGGACUCAAGCUUGCUGCAGGUUGUGCGAAUGGCACGGCAUAAAAAUUUGAUUUGAGCAAUCACUUGCCAGGAAAACACUGGCUUUUAUCUCUUAGCAGCUCGUAAACGGCUAAAGGAGGGGACGCUUGUCACCUCUCAGCUCUUUUGGGGCAGUGGGCAAAAAAAGGAGCAAACUUUCAUCCCUCGUUCAUCCGUACACCGUUCUCCCUGUCUGCUCUUUGAGCUGGCGAGCAAGGAUGCAAGCGCCGGGCGGCAGUCGCCGGUGAAGAUGUACGCAGCGUCAGGAAUGACGGAGUGCAAGGCGGAGGUGACACCGUCCACAAGCAAUGGCCACCGAGUCUUCAGCUACACACUGGAGAGCCACACGGCCGCUGCUUUCGCCAUCAUGAACGAGCUGCGGCUCGAGCGGCAGCUGUGCGACGUGACGCUACGCGUCAAAUACAAUGACCUGGAGGCCGUGGACUUUGUGGCGCACAAGGUGGUGCUGGCGUCCUCCUCGCCUGUUUUCAGGGCUAUGUUCACCAACGGGUUGAAGGAGUGUGGCAUGGAAGUAGUGCCCAUCGAGGGGAUCCACCCUCGGGUCAUGGGCCGCCUGAUAGAGUUUGCGUACACGGCAAGUAUUUCCGUCGGGGAGAAGUGUGUGAUCCAUGUGAUGAAUGGUGCCGUGAUGUAUCAGAUUGAUAGCGUGGUGAAGGCCUGCUGUGACUUCCUGGUGCAGCAGCUGGACCCCAGCAAUGCCAUCGGCAUCGCCAACUUCGCUGAGCAGAUCGGCUGCACCGAGCUGCACCAGAAGGCCCGCGAGUACAUCUACAUGAACUUCAGCCAGGUGGCGACGCAGGAGGAGUUCUUCAACCUGUCCCACUGCCAGCUGGUGACACUGAUCAGCCGUGACGAGCUGAACGUGCGCUGCGAGUCUGAGGUGUUCCACGCGUGUGUAGCCUGGGUGCAGUAUGACCGCGACAACCGCCGGCCGUAUGUUCAGGCCCUGCUACAGGCUGUGCGCUGUCACUCGCUCACACCUCACUUCCUGCAGCGCCAACUGGAGCACUUUGAGUGGGAUGCACAGAGCAAGGACUACUUGUCCCAGAUCUUCCAGGACCUCACGCUACACAAGCCCACCAAGGUCAUCUCCUGCCGCACCCCCAAAGUGCCCCAGCUCAUCUACACGGCCGGAGGCUAUUUCCGCCAGUCACUCUGCUACCUGGAGGCCUUUAACCCCUGCACGGGGUCCUGGCUGCGCCUGGCCGACCUGCAGGUGCCCCGCAGUGGGCUGGCGGCCUGCGUCAUCAGCGGACUCUUCUAUGCCGUGGGCGGCCGCAACAACGCCCCAGACGGCAACAUGGACUCCAAUGCACUGGACUGCUACAACCCAAUGAACAACUGCUGGCUCCCCUGCGCUCCCAUGAGCGUCCCCCGGAACAGGAUCGGGGUUGGAGUGAUCGACGGAAUGAUCUACGCGGUGGGGGGGUCCCAUGGCUGCAUCCACCACAACAGUGUAGAAAGGUAUGACCCAGAAAAGGACUUGUGGCAGCUUGUGGCCCCAAUGCUGAUGCGGCGUAUUGGGGUGGGUGUGGCAGUUAUUAACCGCCUCCUCUACGCAGUGGGUGGAUUUGAUGGCACACACCGGCUGAGCUCAGUGGAGUGCUACAACCCUGAGAAAGACGAGUGGAGAAGCACCGCAGCCAUGAACACUGUCCGCAGUGGAGCCGGCGUGUGUGCAUUGGGAAACCAUAUCUUUGUGAUGGGUGGCUAUGACGGCACCAACCAGCUGAACACAGUGGAGCGCUACGAUGUGGAGACUGACAGUUGGACUUUCAUUUCAUCCAUGAGACACCGACGAAGUGCACUGGGGGUCACCACACACCAUGGCCGCAUCUACGCACUGGGUGGAUAUGAUGGAAACACCUUCUUGGACAGCGUGGAGUGCUAUGACCCCGAAACAGACACCUGGGCCGAGGUCACAAAGAUGACCUCUGGGCGGAGUGGGGUCGGUGUGGCGGUCACCAUGGAGCCGUGCCAAAAGGAUUGUCAGAAGCUCUAGUGCCUCCUCUCACCGCCUUUCCCUGGCUCCUUCCAUCUUUCUGUUCUUUCAUUCUUUCCAUCCCUCCUUUUUUCAGCCAGGCUUAUCAUUGCACAUUAGCCCUUUUGCUUGAGUUCAGAACAGACCAAUUCUGUAACAGCCCUAAGCGAGAGAGACCACAUGCUUAGCACCACAGGACCAUAGAUUUGAGCCACAGGGUUGAUAAAGUUUAGAUGAGGCCUGGUUGUCCCAGAGUACUUCCAGGCAGGACGUGCUAAAUUAAAUUGGCAGGUUUACGUGUUUCAUGACCAGACCGCAGACAGUGGGCUCACUAAUGAGUCCGUGUCUCCUGUUGUAUUACUGACCAGUACAUGAAAUACAAAUCUGCAGUGGUCAUAUUAGAUGUACAUGGCUACCUCUUUCCUGAAGCUCGUACCAUGAAGGUUUUGGCAUUUUUUUUUUCCCUCUAUGAAUGCAAAAGUGCCAUUAUCCUCUUCACCACCACUUCAGUAUCCCAGCCUUUAAGCUGCUGUAGUGGGCAUAAAGGCCUGAACGCACAAGAAUUACAUGUCAAAGUACCAAUGACAGUCUGGACUGGUAUUCUUAAAGAAGCUGGUUCUAAAACUUGGAGCAUGUUUUUAUGUUUCUUUCCCCACCUCAGUCAUCAGGUGAUUACCAAGACUUUCUGUUGUGUCUUGUGUAUCGGAGAAACUUAAACACAAAAAUGUCCAAGUACUUAGGAUUUAAAGAAUCACUGACUAAGUUAUUCCCAAUCCUGGUCCUGGAGUACUUCUGUUGUUAUUUUAGUGUUUGCUUUGGUCUAACACACCCACUUCAAUUAGCUGAUUAGUUGGAUCUGGUAGGGUAGAGCAGGGAAGUUACCAAAAUACACAGGGCCAGUAUUGGGGAUACCUGUAUCAUGAAUAGUUCUGAGGCUUCCAAACACCUGUUUCAAAUUAUUGUCUAAUUACUGAAUUAAUUGGCUAACUCAGUGGUUGCUAAGAUAAUGAUCCAAGUAGCCAAUUGCAUGACCAUUGGUUAACUAAUUAGCUGCUAAGAUAAUUGGUUGUAGUUCCUAUGAUUAGAAAGACUGUUCCACCACAUAGGGAGAGAGCAAAAAUAUGGACCAUCUGGGGUCCCUGAGGACCAGUCUAAGAAUCACUGACCUGUGCAAUUCAGUGCAGAUAAACCUUAAUCUGGACCUGGAACUGUGCCAUUUUUCAUAAAGUUUCAGAUCAUAAAUUAUACCUUUAUUUAGUCCUGGACUAAAUUCCAUUACCAAGUAUUGAAAAUACUUAUUAAUCUAGGCUUAGACUUACAAUUGCAAAACAGUAACAAUAGUGCGAACACAUGUCUGGGGACAAUAUGUUAAACUUUUGGUGCUGGCUUGUGGCACCAACAAGGGUACCCCUCUAAAAUCUGCCCCUGGACUCUGCUAGUUUAUGCUCCUUUAAUGUCCGGAGUACCAUUGAUAACACCAGUAAAACAAACUAGCGAAAUGCUAUUGCUAAUGGAAGAGGGUUUUUACUUUUUUUUUUCUUUUUUUUUUGCAAAAUUUAGUUUUUUAUUUUAUUUUUAUUUCCGUGAUUGACUGCCCCCCCACCACCACACGAUUCAUUUAUUUAGAAAUUUAAAACUCAAUUUGCUAAGUCUACAUUCCCGCCAAUAUUUAUCACAGUGUCUCACGGUUGUCCCCAGACAUUCAUUACGAAGGCUAGGCUGCGAUGACCAGGACUUUGUGAGUUUAACAUGAGUGUGUUAAGACGGGACACUGCAGAACCAGCACUGAGAAACACUGGUCUAGACUACACAAGAGUUGCCAAUGCAAUAUCUGAUUCAAAAAUGUUAGUCUAAGACCAAAUCUGGACCUGAGCAAAGUGGCACCAGAAACAUACAUUUACACAACUGCAUGACCGGGAAUAUGAGCAGACGGGGAGGCUUUUCUGAAGGGCCCAUUUAGGUCAGGAAUGUCAGUUGAUGCUGGAAGUAGCAUUACCUGAAGAAUGUUUGCAGAAUUCACCAAAUGGCUUUAGCCAAUCAAGGCCAACAUCAUUCUCUGCAAUAAACAGACACCUUUUUUUGACAGACAGACAAAAAAGCCUGAAUAAUAAAUGUAUUUGUAACAGCGUUUUAAGCUACAUUUUUUCCAGGAAUUUUUGUACAUUGUACAGAGUUUGAGUGUUUCCUCUUAUUUAUUUUGGACUGACUUUUGUCCCUUUUUUGUGCUUGGAUGCGGAGUUCUACUCUGGGAGAAGCCAGACUGUGUGUGUGGCUUGUCGAGCAUGCGCCGUAUUUGAAAUUUGAUGGAAAAAUGAUGACUGCUCUUUUUUUCUAGAUCUGUUUAAAAGGGAAAUGUUUUCCUUUAACAGUUUAUUAACAAUGAUUAUUUAAAGAUUGCUUUGUAAAUUUUACAGCAGUGAAUGCAUUGUACAACACCUUGUAUAUUAAAUGCCUAUGUUUAUUGUAAUAACA